AUGGCGGCAAAGAUUGUGGCAACUCGAAACACUAUUUGCGAAAUUCUUAACAAGUUUCAGAGAGAUGAUGUUAUGAUGGAAGAAUUGAGAGCAAUCAUUGUUUAUUUUUCACGUUUGAACUAUACUUGCCGCCAUAUUAUGGAAUAUGAGAUAACACCUAAUCUAGUAUUCCAUUCUAAAAACGAUAGUAAUGGAAGUUAUGCACAAACACCAGGAACGCGACAAGAUCAUUGUCUAGUAACUUACAAUAAUACAGUUUACCUAUUUGGCGGUUUUAUAAACUCAACGUCACAAUCGUCUGAUCCUAAUUUCUUCUUCUCAGCCGCUCUUCCAUUCACUACUGACACGAUACCGUGGACUCGGCUUGAUACAAAAAAUGCAACGAGUGUAGCUGAUCCUGCGUGUAUAGUUGAACCAGAUUUAGGUUAUUUACUGAUAAUAGGCGGAUAUAGUGAUUUCUUGAGAAAUCCUGGGAUUCAAGUGUACAACUUUAGAAAACAGUUGUGGAAUGAACCGAAUCUGAUUCAAGGGAUUCCACAAGAAUUUAUUACACCAACUUAUAUAAGUUAUAGACCACGUGCAACUCUUAUACAGCCUGGGGUUGUUUUUAUUUGGGCUGCUUCUUACAAUGGGGAUGAUACAAAUUCAUUUGUCUAUAAUCUCACUUUGACGAUGAAUGGGCCAUGGCAAUGGACACCGAUUCAAACAAAUAAUACAAACUUAAACGUGACUAAUUCACCUGGGAUCGCAAGUUCAAAAGGAAACGCAUUUAUAUUUGGUGGUCUAACAAAAGAACUAACUGGAUUUGAAUCUCAUAAAGAAAUGUAUAUUUACAACCCGAACUAUGGCUUCGUUCGUCCAAACAUCAAUGUUUCCAGUCAAGUGACAGAAUACAAGCCAAUUGUGGUGAUAGAAUUUGAUUUGGAAACUUUUCAAAUGAGUAAUGUCGAAGUGUCGAGUAACUUCAUAAUUAAUAGACGAAGAGCAGCAGCUACUCUCAUUUUUGGAUCGGAUGUUGUUUUGAUUCAUGGUGGUAUUGCCGGUCCACUGGGAUAUAAUACUACAGAUAGUAUGAUAGCGUAUAACAUGACAUCCAGAAAUUGGACAACAGAAAUCGCUAUAAUAGGACCGACACUUAAAGAUGAUAACCUUAAUCUGCCAACAAUAAACGGAUUCGAUUUGAACUAUAAUCCUCCUUCGUACACUGAAUCUCUUUCAGUAGGUGCAUUAAUAGGCAUCAUUUUUGCCUCAGUCACAGCAAUUGCGAUUGUAUCGGUGGCGUUGACACGAAUGUGGCUGGUGAAAAAACGUCAACGGCAUUUGGCAGAAUUGGCAGACAUCGUUAAUAAUAAUGAUUUAGCGAUGCGUGAGUGGGCUAAAAGUCGACCGGUUUUUACUGUUAUAAAUGGUCAAAAAUGGACAAAAUUGUAA